AUCUAUGAGAAGAUUACUUUUUUAAAGGCUCCGGUUCAUUAGCUUUAUUUACACCAAACCGUCCGCCGGUUGCCGCCGUCCGCCGAUAGUCACCUCUUCGGCAAGAAUCGAUCGCUUCACACAGGGUUUGACAAACGGUCCAGUAAUUUCUGGUUUAUUUGCAACCUGCUGAACAAGAUAUGGACCUAGGAAUGGGAAUGGAGAUGGAUCGUUGUUUUAAAGAACUUGAGCCGGAAAUGUCAGCCAUGAAUCUAUCAGAUGGUGACCCCAUAGCAGUCCUAACUGAACUCAACCACAGGCUCCGCAACAUGAAUCCACCGGAAUCACAUCCAAAGAUGAAGUUCGUUGUCGAAAGGAGCCUGGAAGCUGUGGGCGUGUUGCUUUCCAAGAUUGAAAGGGCACACAAAAACCUUGGGUUUGACACCCCGCUCAUAAACCAGAUAAUUGUCUAUCAUUUCUACAGGGAAGGCUUGUUCUAUGUGGCGAGGUACUAUGCGAAAAGAGCAGGUGUGGUUCCAACUGAGCUCCUCAAGCAAUUUGAACUGGGCAAAUGUAUGCUGAAGCUUUUGAAGGCAAUGGAUGUUGACACUGCACUGAAUUGGGUCUCGGCAAACAGGGUACGGUACGACAAUGGCGCUAAGUUGGAGUUGGGACUUCACAAGUUGAAAUAUGCAGGCCUGUUUGCGGGAUCAGAAAAUCUCGGGGACCCAACAAUAGUAGGGUAUGCCAAAACUCAUUUUGGUGCUUGGGCUAAACUUAACCCGGACAAGUGUGAAAAGGUGUGUUGGGAAGCGUCAAGAGCUAGAAUGGCAUGCCGCAACGGGGGUUGGAUCAUAUCCCUAUGGACAGGUUGGUUGGUGAUGUUUGGAAAAUGUUCUGUCAAGUCACGCCGGUAACAAGCUCCUUGGACCCUCUGGAAGUGGCCAUUGCUGGUGGGGAGGAUGCAGUGUUGACUCUAAGAAGGUUUUUUGACCAGGCGGCGGCAGGAGAGGGACUGGACAGGAAUUUGAUGGAGAACAUUAAUCUACCGGACCGAUUAGGAUGAUUUC